UAGAGCGUAGAACGUCGCUUCGCUGAUCGCUCGUUCGCUCGCACGGUCGCUGGUUCGUUCGUGAGGUCGGCUAUGAGCUCUGACGCUUAUAAAAGUAGCAAGGACAUACGUCUGGGCCAUUAGUCGAAAUCUAUUAACGCACAACGCGAAGUCGUCUGAAUUUGGCGUUGGCGAGUUUUGAAAACAAUUCAUUCAUUAAUUAACAACUCAAAAAAAAAAAAAUCAAAUAAAUUAAAUAAACGCGCUUUAUAAUCAAUUAAAAAAAUAUAUUUAAAUACAGUAACGUGAAAUAAAAUUAUGUUUAAUUUUUUAAACAUUUUCAAUGAAUACAACACGGUAAAUAAGCAACGGCUUUAAGAGUUUGUAAAAAUAAAUAGAAGUAAUUAAAUGAAUUAACAGACAUUUAAGCAAAAUAUGUUUAUAAAAAUUAUCAACAAAGAAAAGUGUUAAAAUAUUUUCAAUGUGUUGAAGCUGGGAGUUAAAGAGCAAAUAUUUUCAAUAAAAUUGCUUAAAACAAAAGCGUUAAAAAUAUUGCAAUCAAAGACUAAAACUGCAGCGGUUUUGCAGUAAAAAAUUUAGUAAAGAAAAACUUUUUGAAAAAAUUAAAUUUAAACACACAAAAUGUUCGCCAAUUCAUAUUUUAUAAAAUUGCUAACGCGACAAUGCACAACCAACGAUCUGCAGCACCUGUUGCUCGUCUUCUUCACAGUGCUGACAGUGAUCUGCUUCCUGCAGAGGCUCUUGAACGCCUAUCGGGAGCUGCGCAAGCUGCCACCGGGUCCAUGGGGUUUCCCCGUUAUCGGUUACCUCUUCUUCAUGGGCAACGAGAAGCACACGCGCUUCAUGGAGUUGGCCAAGCAAUAUGGCUCGCUCUUCUCCACGCGUCUGGGCAAUCAAUUGACCGUAGUGAUGAGUGAUUAUAAAAUGAUACGUGAAUGCUUCAGGCGUGAGGAGUUCACCGGCAGGCCGGACACGCCGUUCAUGCAAACCCUGAAUGGAUUUGGCAUUAUCAAUAGCACCGGCAAAUUGUGGAAGGAUCAGCGUCGUUUUUUGCACGAAAAACUACGUCAAUUCGGCAUGACUUAUAUGGGCAACGGAAAGCAUGUUAUGGAGAAGCGUAUUAUGACUGAAGUACACGAAUACAUGCACAAUUUACGCGUCUCCGAUGGCCAACCCAUGGACAUGGCGCCCGCUAUCAGCGUAGCCGUUAGCAAUGUCAUCUGCAAUAUUAUGAUGUCCGUACGUUUCUCCAUUGAUGAUCCGAAAUUCCGCCGUUUCAAUUUUCUCAUCGAAGAGGGUAUGCGUUUAUUUGGUGAGAUACACACCGUCGACUAUAUACCCACCGUACAGUACUUCCCCUCGAUUUUGACUGCCAAGACGAAAAUCGUCAAGAAUCGCGAGGAAAUGCAGCGUUUCUAUCGUGACGUCAUCGAUGAACACAAAAAAACCUAUGAUCCCACGAAUAUACGCGAUUUAGUCGAUUUCUAUUUGGCUGAAAUUGAGAAGGCCAAGGACGAGGGACGCGAUGAGGAACUGUUCGAUGGAAAGAAUCAUGAGGAACAAAUUGUUCAAGUCAUCAUCGAUCUCUUUUCCGCUGGCAUGGAGACAAUCAAAACCACUUUGCUCUGGAUCAAUGUCUUCAUGCUGCGUAAUCCCGAAGCGAUGCGACGCGUACAAGAGGAACUCGAUCAGGUGGUCGGGCGCCAUCGUUUGCCUUCCAUAGAGGAUUUGCAAUUUUUACCCGUGACCGAAUCGACAAUUUUGGAAUCGAUGCGUCGCUCUUCGAUCGUGCCGCUCGCGACUACACACUCGCCAACAAGAGAUGUUGAAUUGAACGGUUACAAAAUCCCCGCCGGCUCACAUGUUAUACCGCUCAUCAACAGCGUACACAUGGACCCCAAUUUGUGGGAGAAACCCGAAGAGUUCAAUCCACGUCGCUUCCUCGACUCCGAGGGCAAAGUGCGCAAACCAGAGUAUUUCAUACCGUUCGGUGUGGGCCGACGCAUGUGUUUGGGUGAUGUGUUGGCGCGCAUGGAACUGUUUCUCUUCUUCGCCUCGUUCAUGCACAGCUUCGACAUCACGCUGCCCGAGGGACAACCAUUGCCCAGUUUGAAGGGCAAUGUAGGCGCCACCAUUACACCGGAAACCUUCAAGGUAUGUCUAACGCCGCGGCCGCUCACGCUGAAAGCUGAUGCCAUGAAACCACCAGCUGAUUUACAAGACGCGCGCACGUUAUAAGUCAGAUGUCAAAAUGUUUGACAUGCGCGCUUAUAACUAAGUAAGAGCGAGAGAGAGAGAGAUGUGAGCGUGGGAGUAGUGUAUGCUGCAGGCGACUACAUACAGUUGAAUAACGUACGCGCUUAGCAGUGCGCGCACAACAGCGUGCGUAUGAAGUGGAGACAGCGCGCGCGUGCGCACUCGCGCUAUGUUGCGCGUAUUUAUGCGCGCACACAUUGGCAGACGAGUCGGCGUACCAGAGCACGGUUUUGUUCCUAAUUGACGAUUUCUAAUUGUCGAUAAAACAAACAACAAAAUAUUUAGUACAUAUUUUUUAAUGACAACAACGAAUAAGCUAUACGAUUUUUAAAAUUUGCUAUGUAUAAUUAUUAUAUAUAGUUAACUAAAUAGUUAAUAUAUGCAUUUGUUGCAUAUACGCAGAUGGAGAGAGAGCAGAAAAAUGAAGAAUGAAGUAAAUGUAUUUUUCUAGUUUUUAAAGUGAAAAAGUAGCGAGCGCUUACGGGUAUGUGAAAAGGUGGCCUAAACUAAGCCGUCUUUUUGCUACGCAGAAGACAAUAUUUAUUUGUUUCAUAGUAUUUUUUCUAUAAAAAAUUUCAAAUAAAGCGCAUUUAAUACAAUAUUUCACAGAUAAAUGAGAAAAGCUGCCGCUUUCCGCGCAUAUUUGCAUGUUUUUUAGCAUUAGCGCUGGGUUUUUUUUAUCCGUGAACACUGUAUUAGCGUUGGAAGCGCUUGUGAGCAUAGUUAGUUACAGUGAGUGCGCAUUUACAGUUUUUACAGUUUUUACAGUUACUUGCGCAGCUGUUUAUUAAUAACGCUUUUGUUGCUAACGUUUUCAGAAAAAGCAGCUGUUACCAAAUAACGGUAAAAAUGCGCACUUACAUAUAAUAUAUUAAAUAGUUUAAACGCUACAGCAGCCUAGUAAUCAAGCAACCAACAAAUAUUUGUCAACAAGUUCUAUUCUAGCACCCCCAAGAAGCUGUGUUCAGUAGUUUUAUUUAUAUUUUGUUUUUGUAUAAAUUAUUAAUGAAUAUAUGUACAACGCAUAACUACAUACAUACAUAUGUUAAUUCAUAAGCGAAACAUUUAGUUUUAAGAAAUCAUCAGCUUAAGUUUAAAACAACUGCGGGUUAGUUUUAUACUCCAUGUAAAUGUAACAAUUAUAUCCAAACAGUUUUUGUAGCAUAAUUUUAAGCGCACAAUACAUGCGUGUGCAAAAUGUGUGGAGCUACAGAAAAGACGUAGUAAAUAAAUGAAAUAAAUUUACUUAAAAGCAUUUUUUUACAUCACAAAUAUGGCAACAAAUAGCGAAAACCCAAUAGUAAACCCAAAAUAGACAGCAAAUAGUCACGUAUACGCCGUGUAGGCCACAGCAUGCAGCUAAGACUUAUGCGUAAUACAAACAUUUAAUUGUAGUAUACAAGCUAACAAAUGCUGCGCGUCAAUGUGCAUUACACCAAAAAACAACAACAACGAAACCACACACACACAGUAAACAUAAAUACACUUAUAGCAUAUACACACACACACACAUAAGUAUGUGCAUAUUAGCAUUGCAUACAAAAUUAACGAAUUUUCAAUUUCAUUUGAAUUUUUUAAUGUUUUUGUUAAACAUACACACAUAUGCAAGCACAAGCAUUUGCACAUAUAAAUAUCAUUUGCACGCAGUUUUAUAAUUAGUUCACUAGUUAUGCGCUUUUUUGUAGUAAAAAUAACCAAUUUUCAUGUCUAUGUAUUUAUAUAUUUUUAUACAAUAUAUAUAUAUGUAUAUGUAAUUUUGAAAAGAAUACAAGCAACUCACACAUACAUACAUAUUGAAAAGAAAUUACAUAAAACAAAAUACAUUAAAGACAAAAAAGAGAUUUUUAUAAACUAAACUUAAA